CCAAGCCAGAUCUUGAAAUAAGGAAGACAGAUCCUUCUUUUUCAAGUCCAAGUCCCACAUGUCCGAUAAAGCAGCUCGGAGCCACUCCCAUAUGUCCAAUCGGGCAAAGGCACGGAUCACCAUAGAACGAAAAGACGUUUUCAAGAGUGUCCUUGAAAACCCUUUCCGAAUUCAAUGGCCCUCAAUCCCGCAAAAUGCGCAAAAUUUAUUCCUCGCGAAACUUAUAGCCGCAUUGGAAAGUACAGUCAAGCGCGGAGGUCAGAAAUCUGCAAAGGCAGACGCUAGGAAAGCUCUCGCCCGAUCGCAAACUGCUGAUGUGGUGGAAGGAAUAAUCCCGAGUUCUGAGUCAAUGGUAUGCUCAAAAAGCUUUGCAUGUGCCGAUGGUUCUACUCCUUUGCCACCUCCGGCCGUUAAUAAUCUUGAAAACCUUGUGCCGCCUUCUGGCUACAUGACCAUUGGCAUCAACGAAGUAACAAGGAGACUUGAAUCGCAGCUGAAGUCUCUCCGACAUUGUGUUACACUCAAUACCGCGUCUCAUGCAAAUCCAAUUUCCCCCGACAUUUCCUCCAUUGCUAUCGUCUUUGUAUGCCGUGCUGAUGUCAAUCCUCCAAUCUUAUUGGAUCAUAUCCCUCACCUUGUGGCCGGAUGCAACUCUACACGCCCUGGAUCCAGUCAUCUAAGAGCUCGACAGCCCCUGAAACUCGUCAUCUUACCAAAGGGCUCAGAGGCCGCACUUGCGCAGGCGCUGGGUCUGAGACGAGCAGCCGUAAUAGCCGUUCAUGAUAAUUCCCCGUGUUUACCAUUCUUUUGUGACUUGCUUCAAUCUGUGCCUGUAAUCAGUGCACCUUGGCUUGUGCCUCCUGUCCAGCCCAAUCCUCCGAAAUGCUUGAUUCCCACUCAUAUCAAACAACUGCGCACCACUGCACCGAAAGAUAUGAAAGCUGCAAAAGAUCAAAGGGCAAAGGCAAGAGCUGCAGCUAAGAAGGAUAGUGCAAAGCCCAGGCCUAAGAAACGUGUCGUCCUUACAACAGCAAGAUCAGACGCAUGAUGAGCCCUCGGUAACAUACCACCUCUGCUGCCGCAUCGUUCGACUACCUCGAGGCUUAGAGAUGGCUAUCGUUAAUCAAAUAUUCAUACGGUGAACCAUCAUAUUCGUUUUGAUAACACCUUCUACUUUGUCUUGUGUGUAUAUCGUGCCCCGAUGUUUAUUGCUAUCAUCGGUUUGCGUUUUGGGGGUAUCCAUCUGGUC